UACAAGAAGGCACGGAACCAUAUAUCCCAUUCCAUUCUUUAUUUCAAUUCCAUCAUGACUCAUCCCAUUUCAUUGUUUGGACUUUUGGUAGUAUCAUACUUUAGGGGUUUUCAAGCUGAAAAUGUUUUCUUACAAUAUUGGGAAGAGCAUAUUGGUCUUCCACAACCUCCACAUUGGUUAGUUACAAAGGCUUCUCCAUUAAACCUACAUCAGGAGGCAAUGUUUAUAAAACUUAUGGAAGAAAAAGAAUUGGUUUCCCACCUACGAUCAUUCUAUAAGCAAGCUAACAUUGUUUGUUCUACAAAUGCAAUAGAGAAGAACAAAACAGAAAACACAACCCUACCACCUAUAGCCAAGUGGAAUGGUGACAAAGAUAAAUAUGAUGAUCUUCCUGAUGAAACACCCCUAUCAGUUGCCAACCAAGGGGGUUUGCCAUAUUUCCGGAAAUCAAUGGUGAAAAAGGGAAGUUUCAUUAUUGUCCCCGAUCUAAGGGACCCAAUGUCAUAUAAAUCAUUCUUGUCGCGACCUUUAGCAUCAAAAAUCCCUUUUUCUUUUGCCCGGAUUGAAGAAUUGAAGAAGCUUUUUGGUGUAGAAGAUGAAUCAAAUAUGGAUGAUUAUAUUCAACACAGCCUCGAGAUAUGCAAAAAGAGCCCCAUUCGAGGUGAGCUAAGAGGUUGUGCGACUUCCGCUGAAGAUCUCAUUGAUUUUGUUGUUGAGAAAUUAGGGCGCCAUGUACAUGUAUGGAGUACUGAGAGCAUUGAAGGAUCCUACGAGAAUGUUACAAUUGGAAAUGUGAAAGUCAUCCAUGGAAACCUAUCUGAACCACCAACCUUAUGUCAUAGUCUACCAUUCCUAUUUCAAGUCUAUUAUUGCCAUGUUUUUAAGGAAGUAAAAGUAUAUGCAGUUGAUAUACAUACUAAGAAGAAAGUGAAUCAUGCAAUCAUGGCAUGCCACUAUGAUACAUCAACUUGGAGCCCAAAUCAUCUUGCUUUUAAGCUAAUGGGUUUUGGUCCAGGCUUAAUUGAAGUCUGUCAUUGGAUGAAUGAGAAUGGAGUGAUUUGGACAAAAAUUUCACAUUGAGCAGCAUUUGAAAAUUUGAUUAUCUUUUAGUUUUCUUGUUUGUAUUACAUGUUACUGCGAAUGCUAUUUCAAGGAUAAAUAAUGACAUAUUCUGUCUUAUUUAUUAUAUAAUAUAAUUUUGUUCCUCAA